CCUUCCUCGAACGAUCCAAUUAAAUUCAAAUCGACCCCAUCCUACUCGCCUCGGCCCGACACGACACGUCGUUCACACUUCCAAACCACAUCCCACGACUCACCAACACCAACACCUCCACCACAACACACACACCCACAUCCACAACUACAACCGCAAUCAUGGGCUGGAACCCCUUCUCCCUCUCCCCCUCGCACACGCCCUCCCACUCGCGCUCCUCCUCCCGCCGCCGCUCCACCUCACGCGCGCGCUCCACAGCAGGCAGUGCCUACUCGACGUCUUCACGCCACUACUCGUCGACAUCGCGCUACAAGCGAUCCCCACGGCACUCGUACCUGCAGCACCUGUACGCGAAGCUGCGGCACUUCCUGCGCGAGAUAAUGGCGUACGCGCGCCGCCACCCAUACAAAGUCUUCUUCGCCGUCAUCAUGCCGCUCGUCAGCGGAGGUCUGCUUGUGCGCCUCGCCCGCCAGUUCGGCGUCACGCUGCCCGACAUGGCUGGCCCGCGCGGCGGGUUUAACGGCGCGGGUUAUACAGGAGAACGGGGACGGGCUCUCACGGGGGCGGCUAGCAGUGGAGGGUACUAUGGCAGCCAGGGCUACGGACCCGAGCGGGCGGGCGCGUAUAGCGGCGGUGGAUACGGCGGCGGAGGAUGGGAUAUGCAGAGCGUGGCUGGUGGGAUUGGCACCGCGACGGCGACGAUUGGUAGUCUGGCUAGCUUGGCUAAGAUGGUAUCGCAGUUUGUGUAAAGAGUUUGUUGGGUGGCGAUAAUUGGAUGGACGGACGGGACGCACUUGUAUGGUACGACAUGAUAUGGUAUGAAGUUACGAUCUCAGGUUCCUUUUCCUUUCCCUUCUUAUCUCUCUUUUUAUACCGGUUUUGUCUGUCUAUGGGCACUACAUAUAUAGAUAGACGUUUUUACGGCCGCUUGCUUGUUUCGGGGAACGGGUUGUUUGAAUGCCCGCGCGAUUAUAUACCAGAUAAAUUCAAUAUUCUUUUCUUUACUUUACUUAUCAGUGUGGCGAAAGUGAUAGAGGAAGAUGGGAUAGUGUAUGUGUGUGUGAGUGUGUGUGUGAAGAACCUGGAUUGUCGA